AUGGCAUCCUCCCAGCCGUCUUACAUGUUUGGAAAAGACGUCGAGUCUGAUGGAACGACUGUCGGCAGCUAUAUAAAGACAGAAGGAGUAGCAGAAGAACCACCAAAGCCCACAGGGCCUCCUCCACCGCCCAAUGGAGGCACGACGGCAUGGCUCCAAGUCCUCGGGGCCUUUUUUCUAAAUUUCAACACUUGGGGCCUCUUGAACACAUUUGGCACAUUCCAGUCUGAAUAUAGUACCGGUUUGCUGAAGGACUCGUCACAGUCGUCGAUUGCUUGGAUUGGAUCGCUGCAGGCGUUUCUGAUGCUAGUGAUUGGAGUUCUGUGUGGACGCGCUCUUGAUGCUGGGUAUUUCUACAUGGACAUCACGUUGGGUGUCUUAUUUGAAGUGUUUGGCAUGAUGAUGACUUCGAUUUGCAAGGAGUACUGGCAGCUUAUCUUGGCCCAGGGCAUUUGUGUCGGCAUUGGAGCCGGAAUGUCAUUCAUCCCCAGUGUUGCCAUCGUAGGCACGUAUUUCUCGACGCGACGAUCCACUGCUCUCGGUCUAGCCGCCACCGGUUCAAGCGUCGGAGGCAUUAUCUACCCCGUCGUGCUGAGGCGGUUGAUCGUCCAGAUUGGAUUACCCUGGGCAGUCCGAGUCAUGGCGUUUAUCAUGUUGGGAACGCUUCUGAUCUCGGUCGCUGUUAUGAAGCCUCGCCUUCAGCCUCGCAAGUCAGGCCCGCUGAUCAACCUCGAGUCGCUCCGGGACCCUGUCUUCGCCAUUUGGCUAUUAGCCGCUUUCUUCAUCUUCAUCGGUCUAUAUAUCCCAUUUUUCUAUGUUGAGCAGUACGGUAUCAACCUCGGCAUGUCGCGGGACUCGUCCUUUUAUAUGCUGAUCAUCAUGAACGCGGGCUCGGUCCCCGGCCGUAUCAUGCCGUCCAUCAUCGCUGACAAGAUCGGUAACCUGUCGGUCAUGAUCCCGUCCGUUCUACUCACCGGUAUCUUAAUGCUGGCGUGGAUCAGUGUGGAAUCCCAGUCGGGUCUGAUCGCCAUUUCGGUCUUUGUGGGCUUAACAAGCGGUUCUAUCCAGGCUGUGCUUCCCGCAACGGUCGCCUUCCUCUGUCCCGAUCUGUCUAAGCUGGGAACCAACAUUGGCAUGACCCUCUUUGCGUCGGGUCUGGGAUUGUUGAUCGGUAGCCCGGUGGCGGGUGCGAUCCUAGACCACCAACGAACGUCCGGGGGAGAUGUUUUCUGGGGUACUUUGACGUUCUCCGCACUCUUCAUCAUGGCCGGAGGUGUGUGCUUGAUCAUUGCCCGUGUGGUAAAAGUGGGAUUCUCUUUGAAGAAGGCUUGA